AUGGAUUUUUAAAUCUGCAAUUACAUAAAGCAGGUAUUUAUGUAUAUAUAACAUAAUAGCAUCUAUUUAACAUCCCUUUACAAUUUAAAGGCUUUUCUCCCGAAACUUUAUCAUAUUUUUCCUUGAGUUCCUUAUUGGAGAACUCCUCUACUAACUCAAAACCUUGA